AGUCUCGCUCAGCGCGAUGCCCCGCCCAGUUGCCGGCUCUCCAGCCGAGGGCCCCUGCGCCAAGCUCCCGAUUUGGCUGGCCCAGCCCCCUUGUGCUCUUAUUGGUGUGACUCAGGCCGGUCGCACGGCCAUUGGCUAAGUGGAUGCACACCCUCCCCCCACCCCUGGGUCUAAUGGGGGCGGUUGGUGCGGACUUGAGGGGCUGCGUGGAGGAGGACCUGGCGUGUGAGGAGGGUGCGGGGGUCGGUGCAGAGACCAGAGUCGGAAGACUAAGGAACCGAGAGGAACAGAGACGCAGACCUGGGGCUGGGGUACCAGGGGUGGGAGAUGGAAAUGGAAAAUGAGAACUAGGAUUGAGGGAUCCAGGGAUGGAAUUUCGGGCCUGGGACUGGGUUCUGGAAAUAGAGUGGCAAUGGAGGCUCGGGACCGAGGGACCCAGGCACAAAGACUCAGGCCUUUGGAUUGGGGGCCAAUGGAUAGAGACCCAGGCCCAGACCUUGGGUACCAGGGACAGACCCAGACCCAGAACUGGAGGGCAUCUAGGGCUCUGUGCUGGAGCCUGAUUUGAGGGAGCCAGUGCAAGUCAGGGGGUGGAGCAGACACCUGGGCUUGCAGGAACUGCCUGGGGCAGGGGCAGAGGUAAUUCUGGAGGGCCAGUCCACAGAUGGGGGUGUGUUUGGGCUGCUUUAGGCCAGGGGAAGGUAAGGGGCAGGAGUGGUAGGUGGCUGGGCGGGGCAGUGAGGACAAAGGUGAGCCCAAAGGAGGAGGCGGAAGCUGGGCAGAGGGCAGGGGAGGGCCUUUGGGGAAGGGACCUCAGUCCCAGCUCCCACCCCCUCCCUGGAGAGCAGGCGGCCAGACACCCAGGUCAGUGCUCAGGGACCAGCUCUUGGAUCCUAUCCGUUGCAGAGGCCGGACCAGGAGCUGACUGGGAGCUGGGGUCACAGGCCUAGGAGCACCUUGGACAAGGCUGAGGCCAUGGCCCCGCCACCACCACCAUUGUCUGCCAGCACUCCGCUCCUACAUGGCGAGUUUGGCUCCUACCCAGCCCGUGGCCCACGCUUCGCCCUCACUCUCACAUCCCAGGCCCUGCACAUACAGCGGCUGCGUCCAAAACCUGAAGCUCGGCCCCGUGGUGGCCUGGUCCCACUGGCUGAGGUCUCAGGCUGCUGCACCCUGCGAAGCCGCAGCCCCUCAGACUCAGCAGCCUACUUCUGCAUCUACACCUACCCUCGGGGCCGGCGUGGGGGCCGGCGCAGAGCCACCCGCACCUUUCAGGCAGACGGGGCAGCCACUUAUGAAGAGAAUCGAGCUGAGGCCCAGCGCUGGGCCAUUGCCCUCACAUGUCUGCUCCGAGGACUGCCGCUGCCUGGGGAUGGGGAGAUCACCCCUGAGCUUCUGCCGAGGCCACCUCGAUUGCUCCUGCUGGUCAAUCCUGCUGGGGGGCGGGGCCUGGCCUGGCAGUGGUGUAAGAACCACGUGCUGCCCAUGAUUUCUGAAGCUGGGCUAUCUUUCAACCUCAUACAGACAGAACGACAGAACCACGCCCGGGAGCUGGUCCAAGGACUGUGCCUGAGUGAGUGGGACGGCAUCGUCACGGUCUCAGGAGAUGGGCUGCUCUAUGAGGUGCUGAACGGGCUCCUAGAUCGCCCCGACUGGGAAGAGGCUGUGAAGAUGCCUGUCGGUAUUCUCCCUUGUGGCUCAGGCAAUGCGCUGGCCGGAGCAGUGAACCAGCAUGGGGGGUUUGAGCCAGCCCUGGGUCUCGACUUGCUGCUCAAUUGCUCACUGCUGCUCUGCCGAGGUGGUGGCCACCCACUGGACCUGCUCUCCGUGACACUGGCCUCAGGCUCCCGCUGUUUCUCCUUCCUGUCUGUGGCCUGGGGCUUCAUAUCAGAUGUGGAUAUCCAAAGCGAGCGCUUCAGGGCCCUGGGCAGUGCCCGUUUCACACUUGGCACAGUGCUGGGCCUUGCCACCCUGCACACUUACCGUGGACGCCUCUCCUAUCUCCCUGCCACUGGGGAGCCUGCCUCACCCACCUCCACCCAUGGCCUGCCCCGAGCCAAGUCAGAGCUGACCCUGGCCCCAGAUUCAGCCCCACCUGUGGCCCACUCACCCCUGCAUCGCUCAGUGUCUGACCUGCCCCUGCCCCUGCCCCAGCCUGCCCUAGCUUCCCCUGGCUCUCCUGAACCCCUGCCCAUCCUGUCCCUCAAUGGUGGGGGCCCAGAGCUGGCUGGGGACUGGGGUGGGGCUGGGGAUGCUCCACUGUCCCCAGAUCCACUGCUGUCCUCACCACCAGGUUCUCCCAAGGCAGCUCUACUCUCACCUAUUAACAAAGAUCCCCCAGAAAUCCCCCCAUCUUCUGGCCUCCCGCCUCCCAACCCUGACGCUCCAAUAACAGUCUCUACCUGGGGCCCACCUGACCACUUGCUGCCUCCACUGGGCACUCCACUGCCCCCAGACUGGGUGACUCUGGAAGGAGACUUUGUGCUCCUGCUGGCCAUAUCACCCAGCCACCUGGGUGCAGACCUGGUAGCGGCGCCCCAUGCGCGUUUUGACGAUGGCCUGGUGCAUCUGUGUUGGGUGCGAAGUGGCAUCUCACGGGCCACAUUACUGCGCCUUUUCCUGGCCAUGGAGCGUGGUAGCCACUUCACCCUGGGCUGUCCGCAGCUGGGCUACGCUGCAGCCCGUGCCUUCCGACUCGAACCGCUCACUCCUCGCGGCGUGCUUACGGUGGACGGGGAGCAGGUGGAAUAUGGGCCGCUGCAGGCGCAGAUGCAUCCUGGCCUUGGUACUCUGCUCACUGGGCCUCCUGGUUGUCCUGAGAGGGAGCCCUGAACCUAAUCAAACUUGGAGCCCGCCAGAGGCGGGGCCUACAUUCCAAGUGGGCAGAGUCUGAGCUGGGGGGUGGUUAGGCCAGGCUGCCAAAUUGGGGAUAGUGGUUCCCUUGUGCAAGGGCUCACGCCCUAUCUCAGGAUUGCGCCCGCUCUCAAGUUACUGGACGUGAUGCUGGAGGGGGGUCUGAAUUCUAAGGGUUGGUGUCAUCAAGAUUAGAUGUAAAUGUCCAUCCCAAGAGUAGCGCCUGACCAAGUGGGUGGACCCUGGCGUCUAAGCUUUAGCCGCCCUUAGUGGAUGGAGUUAAUUCAGACCCUAGCAAACAGCUGGAUGGAAGCUCGGGCGACUGAGGGCGGAGCCUAUCUUAUGCGUUGCCCAUUGACGGUGCCUGGAAUGUACGAGCCUAGGGGUAGGCCUUAGUUAAUUGGCCAAUCAGGGCCCGGGUCUCGGCCUGUUCACUCCGGUGCCUCCACUUAACUGGCCAAUCAGCCCAGAAGGGGCAGGUUCCCUGGGGCCGGCGCCGCUCGGAUUUGCACUAAUGUUCCUCCCUCUGCGAGUGGGGGCUAGGAAAUUCAUAUCCCCUGUUCUGUCUCACGUGCGUCCUCAAUUCCCCAAUCUAAAAAGCAAUUGAAAAGGUCUAUGCAAUAAAGACAGUCGCUUCAUUCCUC